AUGACGUUAUGGACCAUGAUAUGCACAAUCAGUCCACCUGGGCCCCUCAUAGACUAUGCUGUGCUUACAAUGUGUGGUACAACUUCACCGACCCCCAGGAUAGUCGGAGGAGAAGAUGCUUCUCCGGGCAGUUGGCCCUGGCAGGCUAGUCUGCACGAGUUUGAAAACUACUUCUGUGGAGGAUCUCUCAUCAACAAGGAAUGGGUUAUGACUGCUGCCCAUUGCGUGUCAAGGACCGAUUCAAAUGGGCUGACUGUGUACUUGGGUCGACACACCCUGUCGACCGUCAAUCCCAAAGAAGUGUCCCGAAGUGUGAUUGAAAUGGUCUUGCAUCCCACUUUCAACGCUGAUAGCUAUGACAACGAUGUUGCUCUGCUGAGACUCAGUUCUCCUGUGCAGUUUACGAACUUCAUCAGACCAGUUUGUCUGGCAGCCAGUGGAAGUGUAUUCAACAGUGGCACAGACAGCUGGGUGACUGGUUGGGGACGUAUUGGAGAAGAAGAUGCACUCUCACAAACACUUCAAGAAGUUGAGGUUCCAGUGGUGGGUAACAGACAGUGCAACUGCCUAAAUGGGCUCGGAAGUGUGACGGAUAACAUGAUGUGUGCUGGACUACUCGGAGGGGGAAAAGACGCUUGCGAUGGUGACUCUGGAGGUCCGAUGAUGAGCCAGCAGGAUAAGAGAUGGGUGCAGUCUGGAGUCAUCAGCUGGGGAUACGGCUGUGCCAAACCUCAACUUCCUGGAGUUUAUUCAAGAGUAUCCCGUUUCCAGUCUUGGAUCAGCUCCACAAUCCAGAGUGACCCGCCUGGAUUCGUUGUGUUCUCCAGCCCAGGACCUGAUGCUGACAGUGGCUUCACCUGCCCCUGA